AUGGGCAUCCUAGUGGGGUUCCUAGACCAUAUGGUGGGCGUGGACGUGGUCGGGGCUCAUACAAUAAUAAUAGGGGGAGUAACACCCCCAGUAAUGACCGACAGGAUUCAGGUUACGACGCCCCUCAAUGGGAUUCAGGUAGCAAGGAUGGAGGUGACGGGUGGGGCAGCUUUCCAGGUGCUAAAAUUCAGAAUUCGCCGGGCAGGGAAGCAUUUCCUGGUGGAUGGGGUGCCGGAGGCAGUGGAAGCGGCGGAGGUGAUCGUGGUGGUUGGGGAAGUGGGACGGGAAGUUGGGGCGGCGCCGGUGCUACCGACGGUGGGACUGAGAACGGUGGCGGUUGGGGGGGUAGUAGCUCCAAGAAAGCUGCUGACGAUGGAUGGUCUGGCGGGGGUUGGUGAUUGUCAUGGACGAAAGCUUGGUAGUGUUUUUCCUUCUGUCCGAGGCUUUCCACGGUCUCUUUCCCCAAAUGAGCCGUGAAUUAAAAAAUGCUGACGUAGGUCGUGCUAUAAUAUAAUUUAGUUAUUUGUCUU